UAUAUUAUGGAAUUUAGAAUUAUUUUGUCGUACGUAGCAGUGGGAAUCAAACAUCAUUAACAGUUACGUCGAAAAUGUUAUUGAAAAAGAUCUGGAAAUAAAUAAAGUCUCUGAAAAAUGAGUGCUUCAACUGCCCCAAAUUCUUCUACAACUGAAACAUCAUCUUCAUCAUCACCAUCAGAUGCCACUUUCAAAGAGAAAUUGGCAGAGUUACGGCAGCAGCAAGAAGAACAAUACUUUAAGCUGACGCAGCAAUACAAGGAACAGCAGGAUAUGCUAAAACAACAACAGCAACAAGAAUUGAAGCAAUAUUACCAACGACAGAUGAUUUUAAAUCCAAAUCAUAAAAUUCCACCACCCACCAAAGAAAUGCUCACUCAGAGCAAUUAUCGAAGCUAUCAUAUGGAGGCUCCUAGAAAGCAUGAGCUUGGACCAGAAGAUAAAAAUAUUUCCAUGUUGGAGGGUCCCACAGGUCCUCCAAAUUCUUCAAAUGCUUUGUCAGCACUUGUCAGGGAUCGUGUGCGCAAAAAGGCACUGGAUAAUAUCAACAAAAAGUCAGCAUUCGAACAUAUUGAUGCACAAGCACUAACAACCCAUAGACAAGAGGAGUUUAAUAGAUGGGUAUAUGAAUCCCGUCCUUAUGAUAAUGAGGAAGAUGGUCCAUAUAUAUUGCGCAAAGCUACCUCCGAGCCUAAUUUAAAAGGAAGAAAUACACUAAAACAUCGAGUUCGCUAUAAACCUUGUGUUGACCACCACCCGCUGAUGCCUACCAAUAAUCAUCCACGACAUUCAUACAGUCCUGGAGAUAGCCGCCAUCCAGAUAUGACAUCAGAGAGAAGAGAGGCAAUAUCACCACCUUAUAAGCGGGAUGCUAUAGAAGGCAAAGUAUUUCAUAAAGGUCCACGUGGUGGUGUACCACCUCUUUUUCAAUCUCCUUCCCUACCAAAUAUUAAUCUGGGUAGUGGAAGGUCUCAGGUUCACUUUCCUACUUCUAUGAGCUUAGGAACAUAUUCCACUGGCUCUACACCAGAUUUAAAAGCACCUUUGCAUCCUGGUCAUCCAAAGUAUCUUGAUAUGUUGAAGACACAGUAUGCAACUAACCAUAGAUAUUUACAACAUAUUAUGCUUGAACAUAGACAUGAUCCCAAAGACAUUGAUUUAUUUCAUCAACGGUACCUGUCGAAAACUGAUGAUCACAGGUUAUCUGAUGAAGAGCGUGUGAAACAAUUAUUAGAAUCUCAAAAUAGACUUUAUCUUCAUCUUGUUGAUUUGUUUAAAUUAUCACCGCCAUACACAGGAUUGUCAAAAAGUUUUUCGAAAUUACAUUCAAUUGAAAAUGUCCCACCUCCAUCUUCACUUAUUCAGUCUCGAUCACAUGACUCAUUGCAUAGCAUCAAAUCACCACCACGAAAAGAUGUGUACUACAAAGAUGACUACCUGCUCCAGCCACAUGGCUUGCACACACAAUCAAGGUUUCGUUUUAAUCGUGACCCAUACCCAGUAGGAAAUGACCUGCAUAUGCAGGAUCAUCAAGCGGCACGACUAAGACUGAAAGAACAUUUACGUGACAAGCAUGAAGCCAGCUCUUCCACAAUGAAAUCUAUGUCAUUGGAUUCCCAUUUUAGGAGAUUGGAGCGAGAUCAUAAAAUACAAGAGGAAACGCCUGAAGAUGUAGAAAAAGAAGAACGAAAACAUAUUAGUCCACGAGCCAUAGAAGAAGAGACAUUUAUAUAUCGAACUUCUGAAUUAGUCAACAAAAGGUCGGGUGAAUCAGCAUCCCAUUCAUCAAUGUAUGGAUCAGGAUCUCGUUUGAAUAACAUUGCUAACAAAUUGCAUGGCUCUGCCUCAAGAUUAUAUGGUUCCAACCCAAGUUUACAUGGCUCUGACCACCGCCUGCACAACUCUAAUCCCCAUUUGUAUAAUUCAGACCAAAGAAUACAUAGGUCCAACCCUCGUUUACACGGUUCAGAUACACGCAUACACACCUCAGACCCAAGGCUUCAUGGUUCUGACUCUCGUUUACAUGAUUCAGAGUCACGAAUUGUUAGUUCAACAUACACUACUUCUGAAAACGAGUCUUCAUUGAAAAGCACUAAGGACAUGACCGGUUUAGUGUAUGAUACUAUUAUGUUAAAACAUCAAUGCACCUGCGGUGGAAGCUAUCCCUUACAUCCAGAAUGUUCAGGUAGACUUCAAAGUAUUUGGGCCCGGCUUCAAGAAACUGGUGUUGCAAAUUUAUGUGAACGAAUUAGACCUCGCAAAGCUACCUUGGCGGAAUUACAAACUGUACACAGUGAGCAGCAUGCAUUACUAUUUGGUGGUGGUCGAAGCAGAGAUGGAGCACAAAAUUUACGUUGUUUCAGCACAUUGGCAUGUGGAGGAAUUGGAGUUGAUGCUGAUACGAUAUGGAAUGAUACUCAUACUUCUAAUGCUGCUCGAAUGGCAGCAGGAUGUGUCAUCGAACUUGCAUUCAAAGUUGCCUCUGGUGAGUUGAAGAAUGGUUUUGCUAUUGUCAGACCGCCUGGACAUCACGCAGAAGCCCAUCAAGCAAUGGGGUUUUGUUAUUUCAAUUCAAUCGCUAUUGCUGCUAAACUAUUACGUUUAAAGAUGGCGGUAGAGAGAGUCUUGAUUCUGGAUUGGGACAUUCACCAUGGCAAUGGAACUCAACAAAUGUUUUAUGAUGACGAUCGUGUUUUAUACAUGUCCAUGCAUCGACAUGAUGAUGGAACAUUCUUUCCAGGCACUGGGAAACCGGAAGAAUGUGGUGCUGGUAUUGGAGUUGGUUGUAAUGUUAACAUUCCUUUUUGCGGAGGCUUAGAACCUACAUACGGAGACAAAGAAUACUUGGCUGCGUUCAGAACCAUCGUACUACCUGUUGUAAAAGAAUAUAAGCCUGACAUCAUCCUUGUGUCAGCAGGUUUUGACGCUGCUGAUGGUCAUUCCCCUCAACUGGGAGGUUAUACUGUUACUGCUGCAUGCUAUGCAUACAUGACGAAACAACUUAUGGAGUUUGCAAAUGGAAAGCUUGUUCUUGCGUUAGAAGGAGGGUACGCGUUGCAGUCUCUUUGCGAUGCUGCAGAAAACUGUGUGCGUACGCUACAAGGUGGUCCCGCAGCCGAACUUUCUGAAGAAACGAAACAAACGAAACCACACGAUAAUGCUGUUAAAUCUUUAGAAAAAGUGAUUGACAUACAAGCGAAAUAUUGGCCUAGUAUCAAGCGGCUGGCUCCUCAAGUUGGAUCUUCGUUAAACGGUGCUAAGAAAAUGGAGAAAGAAGAAGCAGACACUGUAAACGCGUUAGCCUCGCUUUCAAUGCAAGUUGUUCAAAACGGCUCAUCUGAGAAACCAACGAAGCCCACCGAACGUGAAGAACCUAUGGACGAGAAUUAGGCAAGUCGAAUAUGGAUUUCCGUAAAAAAGAAAGUCGAAACGACGCCGUUUCGUUGCUAAGCAUGUAAUAUAUUGCCGUGUAGGAAGAAGACGUCCAAGAUAGAACAAUUACACAUAUGUGAAUGCGAAGGGAAAUACCAUCAUUUAACUGUUCACUUUUAAUGGUUGGAUAUUUUAAUCUUUAGUACAAAAACAUUGUCUCGAUUAUUACCAUUAUGGGCUCGAUUGACCAUGUGCUCUCGUCAGCUGAUCAAGUUCGUGUUGAUGUUUUUUCGCCAUUAUUAAAAUGAGGCGCCAAUUGUUGAAAAACUUAACAGACUCAGUUGUGUAGUUUGUUUUCUGUUGUCUUUUUGUCUUCACAAGUGUUUUUAUUUCAACAACUUAUCAUAUAAUAAGGUUACAAUAACCGAGUUAUUUGCUAGAAUCUGUUUCGUUUUUAAACUUCAACAAGAAUGUGUUUAUUUUCGUAUUUAUAACUUGCCGCUUUUGUUUGCUACGAUUUUGUAAGAGCGAGCGGUGCUUCUAAUCUUCAGCAAAUAUGGCUGUUCAUCACAAGUAGAUCUCUACAUGUCAGUUUCAAGGAAACGCACGCAUUGCUUCAACAUUUAGAAACUUAGUUUGUCUUUGAGUCACUUCAGAUAUCGAUGUAUUUUUUUAAAAAAAAUAUCUUUUCUUAGUUGACAGUGACAAUAUUUUCCCUAAUGUCGAGUAUUAUUACUUAAACUUCGUAGGGUUUUCAAAAUUAUACUAGUCAUUUCAAGAUUCUCUUUUUAUGCGCAGCAUAGAGUAUAAUGAAAUUAAUUUUUUUGAAAAAUCAUGCCAGCAAAAUUGAUGUUUGAAAGAUUGUAUCGCCAAAACCAGCUUGUAAAUUCAAUUUUAAACGGGCCGCAUCCCGCUUUUCACGUACUGUUGCCUUUUUGCGUUUUAUAGCCAACUUGGUUUUACGAAAGUACGUCGUUACUCUUUUUUUUUAGUCCGUUAAUAUUUUUAUUGGCGAUACUUUACAUGUUUUUAUCAUUUAUAACUGUUGCGUAUAAAACAACAACUUAAUGCCCAUACCUUUAAAAUAAAAAAGGUUGGUAAAGUUUUUGUCAGAACAACUUAGUUAUUAUUGUGAAUAUUAUGUCGUAAACAAAA